GCGGCCGUGCUGCCUUCUCACACCCUCGUGCACCUGGGUUGGGUCGUGCGCAACCUCCAUGCGGAUGGUUAUGUGAGCGCGGCAGGGCAGGAGGCAUGCCUCACCAUCUAUGGCGGGCACGCCAUGGCUACUGGCCUAGACCGCCUUUCGGACGCGUUCCGUCAGGCUUCGGUUCCGGCAGCCCCAACAGCCCCGCCCAUCGGCCGUCGUCUGACCGUCACGUACGGGGAUUUAUCCGCAGACGAGGUGCGAUUGGCACCCGAAGCGAGCAGUGAGCAGCAGGACGGGUCAGGGCAACAUAAUGAUGAAGCGACGGAACACGCAGUCACAACCGCCAAUGCACCCCCCACAGCGGAGAGGGCUGAAAGUGAGGUCGAGCCCUUGGAGGCAAGUGCCUGGGAUGAGGCCGCUUGGAAGCUAUUCCUGCUGACACCGCGCUUGCUCCUAGCCCGAUGCCGCGACACGGGCCCCGUUGGACGUGCCACACUCCUGCGCCGCAUAGAGCUCUUUGAAUCGGGCCAGUGGGAACAGUUGUUGAGGGAAGCGCAUGCAGGAGCAGCUGCUGCUGGGGGACGCGAUGUCUCCCGCCGUGCAGAUGAAGCCGUGCUCGAAGAAGUUUGCGAAAGGAUGCGGCAAGGCCAGCUGUCCCGAGCGCGGCAAGCCCUCACUGCAGCCAGCCUUGCCCCUGGCGAUGCUCACACUCUCCAAGCGUUGUCGGAUCCUACGCGAAGGCCGCCGCACCGGCGCCGCGAGAUCCCGGCAGAAGUUCUGGACCACGAGCCGGCCGAAGCAGUUACCCUCUCUGUGCGACAG